AUAGAAACCAUUUCUUCUUCGUUGGUACUGUUCUCUGCAGCAGAGCUACCACCGGAGAUUCAUCGGAGGAAGGUCUUAAUUCAACUUGGAAAUUUCUACAUUUCGGUGGUAUUAUACUGUUUGUUUUGAAGUAGAAAACCCUAACUUCGCUUCAAAUACUUAUUUGGAUCCUGAGUCAAGUUCUGAUUUUUGUGGUUUGAAACUUUGAUUUCUGCUGUAACUAAACUACUUAGAACAAUCGGAUCAAUGGCGGAAACUAGUUCCCCCAAUUCGUCUGCUGAUGACCUCAAGAACCAUGUAAUGAAGAUUUUCCAGGAUGCAACCAAAGACUGUGAGGACGAGUACUCGAAAAGAGAAUUUGGCACCAUUGGGAGGAGCUACGAUUCCCUAAACGAUUUUUCGAUUAAGUUGUUCAAUACUAUGGCAGAUACUGGCAUCGUUGACAGAGCUAGAGAGAUGUUUAAGCCUGUCUCUGACUUGGGCAUUCUUUCUCCAGUGGCUAUCUUCACCAUUGUGAUUAUGACCUACGCCGGUAAUCGCAAGGCCAAGAGUGCUCUCAAGGUCUACCAGCACAUGAUAGCCACUGGUGUCAACCCCGCCUGCUACACUUACGUUCAACUCAUCUGUGUACUUGCAACAGACUUUUCCAAUGUAAAGUUCCUUAGGUAUGCCAAGAAGUAUUUUCUUGAAAUGUUGGAUAAGGGGAUGAAGCCCAAUCCUACACCCUUCUGGAACAUUAUGGAGGCCAUUGCCUACCGAGAGCCAGUGGAGAAGGCCAAGGAGUUCCUUGAGCAGGUAAAAGCCAAGGGGUUCAUGCCUCCCGACAGUGGUUUUCACUACAAAGAAGCCUACCUCGCCAAAGGAAUGCAAACACUGAAGAUGUAUGCUAAUCUUGUCCACAAUGACACCAUUGACAAGGAUGUUAGAAAUUACUUCUAUAUGUUGCGCAUCUCCACUGACCAUGCCGAAAAACUGCUGAACAAGAUGUACAAUGCUUUGGUAGAGGAUGGAAAUGAAGACGAGGCCACAGAGUUCUUUAACGAAGUUGAGGAGACGGGUAUAGAGCCCAUGGUCGUAAUCCACACCGCUGUUAUUGAAGCCUACCUCUUGUUUGGCAAGACCAAGGGUGCUCUGGAGGCAUACCUGGCCAUGUUAGCUGCUGGGGUUGCCCCCAACUCAUACACUUACACUGUUUUAAUCAAGGGACUAAGUGCUGACUCCAACUUCUUUGGAGAUGCCAAGAAGUAUUUGCUCGAGAUGAUGGACAAGGGGAAGCGGCCCAAUGCUGCUACCUUCACUGCAGUGAUAGAGGGCUUUGCAAAGCAGGGGGACAAGGCAGUUGAGGAGGAGGGAAAAGAGCUUGUGCAGCUAAUGCUGGAUAAGGGGUUUGUGCCUAAUGCGAAGGCAAUGAUGGAGGUUUUAAAGGGUAGACCAACAUCGGUAAUUAGAAGUGCCAUGAGUAUUGUCCUUUCCACCUUGAAGCAGUGAUGCUUUGGUUCAUGGAUGUUAUACCAGCAAGCUUUAGGAUUAGGGGGCUUCAUAUAUGGAGGAGCUAGUUAGAGUAGAAAACUGGAUUUCAGUAUAAAUUUUGUGCUGUCCUUUAUUGUUGUGAAUGUUGACAUUCAAGUAUUCUGGUGCUAAUAUGAAUUUAAUGCUACACUUUUAACUGUGCGGUAGCCGUUGUUGAUUCACAGCACACUUACUAUUAAUUUUAAUGUUUCUUAUUCAUUGAUUUUUUUUGUCUUUUACAACAGUUGUUUUUCAUUCCUUUAAUUUGUCAUGCAUGUAGAUAGUGGAUUGAGAAAUCAGAACAAAUGAAGUUGAAACUGGUAGUAUUCUUGCGCUUGGGAAGUUUUGACAAAAUUGCAUUUUGAUAGUUAGUGUGCCAGAGAUGUAAUUGGCACAUGGGACAUCUUAAUAGCACAGAAUCACUAUAUAUGGACUGAAGCAUUGGCACACCUAACGUAGUUAUGCCGAAUCCCUAUCUAUUGGAGUCUUUCUUGUUAAUGACGAAAUCACCACCACCUCCAUCAUUUUGCUCAAUUGCAUAGCAGGAACACCUUAAUUCUUCCCAUUUUCAAUUCUCUCAAUCAGUAGCAUUAAUCUAUAUCUUGCUCUUGUUCUGUAAUCUUGGCUCCAGCGUAACUAGCAGCAGUUUUGUACAUGCUUAGUCUGGAAAUAGCUAGAGAAUACCUCCAAGAACUAGAUUAGUUGAA